CCAGCAAUGGCGCCUUCUAAUACUUGACAGCCACGCCAGCCACCUCACGCCAGAUUUUUUGGAGUAUUGUGAAGCUAAACGCAUCAUAGUUAUAGUGUAUCCUCCCUAUUCAACCCACAGCUUGCAGCCGUUAGAUGUUGUGCUCUUUGCGCCGCUUUUAAAGCACUACACUGAGGAGCUUACCCAACGCCUCCAGCGAACCCAAGGCCUCUUAAGGAUCACCAAACGCGACUUCUAUAGCAACUUUUGGCCAGCUUAGAGCUCUACAAUGACUCACGAUCUUAUAUUAAAGAGUUUCCAAGCUACAGGCGUAUGGCUGAUGGACGCAGACCCACACGGCGGUGCUGUAUUCUACAGUCCCAGGAAGCUUGCCAGCGCGCGCGCGCGCAAGGCCGCAGAACUGGACGAAGCCGCGGAGCUACAACUCAAAAAAACUCGCGAUAGAGAGGCAAGAGCAGCAGAAGCAGCUCACAAAAAGCAGAAUCAAGAAGCUGCGAAGGUGGCUCAACAACAAGCCAGAAUUAAGCCGUAAGCGAAAAGCCUCACACAAAGCAGCAGAAAAUCUAGCAAAGCAUUGUUGUGGUGCGGCUGCAUUAAGUCAGGUUAACGCUGGUCCGCCUGAGGCGUCUCCCCCACCCAAAUUUAGCAGAAACAUCUGCCAACUCAAGACGCCAGCAAGAUUAAAG